UCAUUCCUAGAUGGCAUACGGCCGACUCAGGUUACACUGUAUGUUAGUGACUACACUGGUUGGUCCCUUUACACAAGUGAAUUGUUGCACAGGUAAAAACAUGUCUACAAAGGUCGCUGUAGUCACCGGAGCCAACAAAGGCGUCGGACUGGCCAUAGUGAAAGGACUUUGUAAAGCAGGCUACAGUGGAGAUGUUCUCCUCACUGCUCGCAAUGAAGCGCUGGGAAAGGAGUCACUAGAGCUGGUGAAAGCCGAGGGUUUCCAAAAUGUCGUCUUCCAUCGACUCGAUAUCUGCGACCAAAGCAGCUGCCUGGCGCUCGGAAAGUUUUUGAAGGAGAAAUACGGAGGCCUGGAUGUGCUCAUCAACAACGCGGGAAUCGCUUACAAAGAGAAUGCCACUGAGCCUUUCGGGGAACAGGCUGAAGUCACCAUGCGCACCAACUUUUGGGGAACACUGUGGGUGUGCCAUGCUCUGUUCCCUCUGCUGAGACGCAAUGCUCGUGUGGUCAAUGUGUCCAGUUUCGUCAGCAAGCGGUCUCUGGAUAAGUGUAGCCCAGAACUUCAGGCAAAGUUCAGAAAAACAGACUUGCCUGAGGAGGACCUCUGCUUAUUGAUGGGGGAGUUUGUUACUGCUGCACAGAGUGGAGCUCAUGAGGCUCAGGGCUGGCCGAACACUGCUUAUGGUACCAGCAAGAUUGGUGUGACUGUUCUUUCAAGGAUCCAGGCACGGGUUCUUGAUGAAACCAGACCCAAUGAUGGCAUUCUCCUCAAUGCCUGUUGCCCAGGCUGGGUUAGAACAGAUAUGGCUGGUUCAAAUGCCCCCAAGAGCACAGAAGAAGGAGCGGAAACUCCGGUGUACCUGGCAUUGUUACCAGAUGGAGCCAAGGAGCCACAUGGACAAUUAGUUUGGGACAAAACAGUGCAGGAAUGGUAGAGGGAAAAUAGAAAAUUAGUAUAAUGAUGUAAUCUGGAUAAAAUGAACUAAAAAAUAUUUUUCCUACAGAUGUAUGUUUGACAAUAAAAUGGUCAGAUGGAA